AUGAUGGAAGGACGGCUCAGUCAAGCUUUCUCUGAAGAAGUUGAGAAAAUUAAGAAAUUAUCGCAAGAGAGUUCAUGGCUUUUCCAUGAAUAUUUCAAAUUUUCUCCAAAUCGUCCAUCGGAUGCCAAUAACAACCUCUCCGUGAAUGAUCCUACCGAUAUUCAAAUAUCCUAUCAAUUGAAUAUCAUACUGAUCACUGAUUAUGAUAGCAGCAAAAUUGAAGUAUUCGAUUUGGAAACAAAGGAACACAAGGCGAGUAUUUCUUUUUUGCCAAAAGAACAUCCUCGUCAUUUAUGCAUUGAAGAGAAUUAUGACGGAGAAAAUAAUGAUGCAAUGAUAUUAUGUUGUGCUUAUGAUAAUAUAUUUAAAUAUGAUUUGAAACAAUUUCUUUCUAAUGCACAAUCAUCCCAAGAUAUUCAAUAUAUUUGGAAAAACUCUGAUUGUAGAUGGGCUCAAGGACUUACAAUCUCUUACACAACUAGACAAUUAUAUGUUUGUGAUCAUGGCGCUCAGCAUGUCAUGGUUUUGAAUUUAAGGACUGGGGAAUAUGUUUACAAAUUUCCAGUCAAGCAACCAUUUGGUUUGACAUUUGUGGAGAAUGAGCAAUAUUUACUGGUAAGCCAAGUAUCGAUUCACAAAGUAGAAAUAUUUAAAAAAGAGACCUUCGAUGAGAUAAAGAAUACAACAGAAUGGAAUUCCAUCAAAACCAUUGGACAAUAUUUGGAAAUGAGCUUGGUGAAUUUCAUGAUCCUUGCGCUGUUCUUUACGAUCGAUUUUCUCGGAAUAUUUUAG